AUCUUUGUCAUUGCUUACGAGUCGAGCAAGGAGUUCACAUCAGACGAGUACAAAACAAAAAAAUAAAAUAAAAACAAAACAAAAUUUUGUUACCUAAAUUGCUUUUGGAAAAAGUUGUAUAUUUUCAAAGUUUCAAAAAAAAAAGUUUUGAGUUAUAUUUUCGUUUCAAAAAAUGGUUCCGGUUAGCGUAAACACGGUCACCAAAGAGGAUACCUUGAACAAGGAAUCCUUUGAGGAAAACUUAACAGAGAACAUACUCAACAUGAACAUCUUGAAUGAUAGCGUUGAAGUUAAGAACACUCCAGAUACACUAUCCCUUGCUUCAGCAGACGCUUGUUGCUGUCAAGACUUCGACACUCAAUUGGAGGUGUAUUCCUUAACAAAGGUGAUCCGUUUCCCAUUCUCAUUCGAUUGGGAUAUCAUUUUUCAGCCAAAGAACUUGCAUCCUCGCUUGGAGGAGCUCAUCUAUUGGCGUGACAUCUCGAAAUCUGGAUUGAUUUUCGCCGCUGGAUUUUCCAUUCUUGUGGCCAUUAAAUGCUUCUCGAUCUUCUUUGUGAUGCCUUUAUUGCUGCUCCACAUUAUGCUUGGCUCUGUGGCCGGUCGCAUCUACAAUGCCAUAAUGCUAUCUGCCUCGGGCAAGGAUCAAGGAUCUGAAUAUGACUGGAUUGAAUACGAGAAUAUGGUCAUUCCACUGCAACGGGAGAAGGUGCUAAUAGUGACUGGAUUAAUUGUGGAACUGAUCAAUGAUCUGAUUGACCAUCUGAAAGAUCUCUUUUUGUUUAAGAAUACCGUCGAUUCGAUACAUUUUAGUUUAUUCCUCAUGUCGUUGGCCAUGGUGGGCAACAUGAUGAAUGGCAUGACCGUGAUUAUAUUGAUUUAUAUCUUUGUAUUUACCAUUCCAAAGCUGUACGAGAAGAAUAAGGUUUAUAUCGAUACUAAAUUUAUUUGCAUGCGCAAAAAUUUGACCACAAUGAUGAACAAGUUUCGUGUGCUCACUCCCCAAUAAAUACUAGACAAGGAGGAAAAAAGUUCUGGCUGGGACAUCAAGAUUUACAUACACACGAAAUUGUUAAAUAACCUUUAUUGGGUUGCAUUUAAAUCCCAUCUCAUAACAUUGUUAUUGUUUUAAUAAAGCCACGCCAUGGGUGAUAUUCAUGUUUAAAAA